CUCUGAUCCCACCCAGGGUGGCUGGACCGACGGGCAAAUGGCGGAUCUGUCCCUCCCAGGACAUCCUGUGCGCCUGAGCUCCUGAUGACAGGCGGUCCGGGAGGCUGGAGCCGGCCGGGCAGUGAACUUGAAGAUUGCUUGAAAGUGUGCUGCUUACCUGACCAUGGAAAGGCUGGUCCUGUCCCUCCUGGUUAUGAGCACCGUGGCGAAGGCCGCCCUGUGUCCCACGCGCUGCAUGUGCCAGAGCCUCUCUCCCUCCUUCACCAUCCUCUGCACCAAGACGGGGCUUCUCUUCGUGCCUCCGAGCAUCGACCGGCGGACGGCGGAGCUGCGGCUGAUGGACAACUUCAUCACCGCCCUCCGGAGGAGGGACUUCGCCAACAUGACCAGCCUGAUCCACCUGACGCUGUCGCGGAACACCAUCAGUCAGAUCAUGCCUUAUGCGUUCUUUGACCUCAAGGGCCUUCACGCGUUGCACCUGGACAGCAACCGACUCACCCACAUCCACGAAGACCACUUCAAAGGGUUGGUCAACCUCCGCCACUUGAUCCUCAGCAACAACCAACUGAGCUAUAUCUCUCCCGGGUCUCUGGACGAUUUCAUUGACAUGAUUGAGGACCUGGACCUGUCCUACAAUAACCUGGUGAACGUCCCUUGGGAGACCAUCGGGAGGCUGUCCAACGCCAACACCAUCAGCCUAGACCACAACCUCAUAGACUUCAUCCCCGAGGGAGUCUUCUCCAACCUCCACAAGUUGGCUCGGCUGGACAUGACCUCCAACAAGCUGAAGAAGAUCCCCCCGGACCCCCUAUUCUCCCGCAUCCCUGUCUACGCCAAGCCAAAGGGGUCCCCCUUGUCCUCCCUGGUGAUGAGCUUCGGGGGGAACCCCUUGCACUGCAACUGCGAGCUCGUCUGGCUGCGGCGCCUGACGCGGGAGGACGACCUGGAGACGUGCGCCUCCCCGCCGGAGCUGAUGGGCAAGUACUUCUGGUCCAUCCGGGAAGAGGAGUUUGUCUGCGAGCCUCCCAUGAUCACGCACCGGACCCCUAAGCAGGUGGUCAUGGAAGGCCAGGGGGCUUCCCUGAAGUGCAAAGCGGUGGGCGACCCCGAGCCGUACGUGCGCUGGAUCUCGCCCGGCGGGAAGCUGGUCUCCAACACUUCCCGGACCGUCUCUUUUGAGAACGGCACCCUGGACAUCUUGGUGGCUUCCGUGGAGGAGAAAGGGACCUUCACUUGCAUCGCCUCCAACGCUGCGGGGGAGUCCACGGCCCCCGUGGAGCUGGUGGUCAACCCUUACCCUCACCUUGCAAACAGCACCAACUGUGAUAAGGAAGCAGAGCCAGGCCCCUCGGACAUCCUCAUCUCCGCCAAGUCCAGCUUCCCCAACGAAACCAAAUCCCAGCCAGAGAGGAAAGUGGUGGUAGCUGAGCUGACCUCCUCCUCCGCCCUCAUCCAGUGGCCUUCGCAGCACCACAUCCCAGGGAUCCGGAUGUUCCAGAUCCAGUAUAACAGCUCGGCUGACGACAUCCUGGUCUACAGGAUGAUCCCCGCCGCCAGCAAGUCCUUCUUCCUGAGCGACCUGGUUGCGGGGCGGGACUACGACCUGUGCGUCCUGGCCGUCUACGACGACGGCGUGACGCUGCUGACGGCGACGGCCGUGGUGGGCUGCGUGCAGUUCUCCACGGAGGAGGAGUACCGGCAGUGCCACUCCCUCCACGCCCAGUUCCUGGGCGGCACCAUGAUCAUCAUCCUGGGAGGCAUCAUUGUGGCCGCCAUCCUCGUCUUCAUCUUCAUCCUCCUGGUGAAGUACAAAGUCUACGCCAACCCCCACAAGAGCCAGGGCGCCAGGGUCAGCAGCGUCUGCUCCCAGACGAACGGCGGCCAGGGCGGCGGCUCUGCGGCGCAGCCGGGCUCCAAGCCGGCCGAGGGGCUGCCGCAGGACUGCGUGGCGCUGCCUGCCAGGGGCAAGACGGUGGUGGACCUGGAGGGCGAGAGAGCGGCCCCAGCAGGCUCCUCCUAAGAGGCGCGCCGAGCCCUGGCGACGGGCGCAGAACAAUGCCCGCCGUGGUUGUCUUUUAAGCGUCGCGACUAUUGUCUAUUUUUAAGAUCAGAUGGUUUAAAAAACUAUUUUUUUAAUCUGUAAAAGUUCUUGCAUUCUUAAACUAUUUUUGUUGCACUAUAUUAAAUAUAAAGUGUGUGAUUUACAA